AUGGUAAGACUAGGAGUUCUAUGUCUCUUGGGGUUUUUAAAAGGCGAAGAAGCAGCGCAUCACAAUAGCCACGUUCUCGAAAGCGAGAUCACAAGCAUCAAUGAUCAAAAGACACUAGAAGCCAAUUCGCAGUUCUAUAACAUUAGAAAGAUGGAUGGCUCAAUAAUUCUUAGAUCCAGCUCUGGUGAUGGAAGUCUGAUCAAUAUUAAAGAAGAAACAACAUCAGAUAAUUGGUCAACUGAAUUUACAGUCAAGAAUCUUAUGUUAAAAGAUAUUGAAAAGGCCGGAAUAUAUCUGUGGUACUUAGACAAACCACUUGAAAAAGGAAAUUAUAAAGGAGGGUCACCAACAUUUAACGGCUUUGUCACGGGAAUCGAGUUCUCAAAGGAAAGGUCUGAUGUUGUUUUUGCAUUCAACUACGGCUUGGAUUUUGGAAAUAAAGACAUGCAAACAACUAGGUUUGACCGUAUCAAUCCCACACUCAUUGACCAUUUGGAUGAAUUCAAGGUCAAAAUCAUUCAUACCGAAAAGAACUUUAAAAUUGAGCUGUUUGAUGAUAAGGGCAACUUGUUCUCGGACUCAUUUAGAAUCCAUGAGCCUUUAAUAAUGAAUAAACACAGCCGUGAAAAGAUCUUUGCGAUAACAACCAAGUACGAGCACUGCCCGAGUGAUAUUUUUUUUGAGUUGAAGGAUCUGCGAAUAUUGGCCAGAGAAGAAUCUGACAGAUACGAUAUGAGAGAUCUUCAUACUGAGUUCAAUCAGUAUCCCAGGAAUAAGAGUGAUGAAGAGCUAAGACUUGCAAUAGCCGAUGUAAACCACUUCAUGAGCUACCUAGCAAUAGUGUUGGGUUCAAAAAAUAACAAUAAUAUUGUUGAGAUGGUGCUUUCGAUCAAAAAGAAGCUGAGGAUCCUGAAGGACUCGCUUGAUUCAAUUGCUGGUAUUGUAAACGACCGUUCCAAGUUGGAUACUGCAUCACACGAGAAUGCAAUGAAUUCAAAAAUCAAUGAACUUGAAAGUAUGGCAAGUGAGUUGGCAAGGAAGAUUGAAAGUAUAAAAAGAAAGGUCAGGAGAAUGCAAGAUUCGGGCGGAAAAUAUACAUCAAGCAUGCUUAAAUGGACUUUAUUUGCAUGUGUUGUGUUUUUGGUGGGAUCGGUAAUUAAAACAAUAGGUGAGGGGAUACUUUCGCGGACAAAACUACCAAAAAAAGAAUAA